AUGUACAAACCACCAAAACUUCUUUCAAAGCAAUCAAACACUGAAAUUCAAAAGAUUAUAAAAAUCGGUUCUUCGGUAUCACUUGAAUGUCCGGUCGAAAGGUUACCCACAGAAGAGAUUUACUUUGAAUGGUAUAAAAAUGGCCAACAAAUUGAAUACUUCGAUAAAAGAGUGCGAAUAACCAAUUCUGGUGUCCUUAAGAUCAAGAAUGCAAACCCAGAAGACACGGGACGCUUCAUGUGUAGAGCAAUAAAUGGGUUCGGAAGUGUUGACUUCACUAUUAUACUUAUAGUGAUGGACUUAGAGUACCAUCACUUGUAUAAAUACACAAGAGAUCACAUCUCAAAAUCCCAUGAGAGCGACGACAACGAGUCUGAAAAAGAUGUGCACAAAAUAUUGGAUUUAGACGUGCCUUCAAUGACAAGGUCUUCAUCGUCUCCGGUGUUAUUGAACGGAUGGAGAGUGAAGUGCAUCCACUCCUCCUCUGCCUAUAGUGAAUCAAAUUUGUCUCAAAUGAAUAAAUAUUCUCAACACAUAAUAACCCGAAAGACUGGAAGCGGUGUUAGAUUCAAAUGUGUGGACCAAUUCAUUGGCAAUUUAAAGCCAACAAUAAUAUGGUUUCAUAAUAGCGAACAGUUUUCAGAUUCAGAGCCGAGAAAAGGGAGAAAUUCUUUAGUCAUAAAUGAUUUAAAACCCGAAGACAGCGGUAAUUAUACGUGUGUUUCAACACAUCAAACGGGAUCUAUUAGUCGCAGUUAUGUACUCAAAGUGAUCGAUACUUAUAUAAAUAAGCCUCAAAUAGAGGGCAUACACCCAAUUAAUACAAGUGCUAUAGCGGGCAGUACUUUAACUCUUCAUUGCUCUGUCAAAUCGGAGGAAUUGCCACACAUUCAGUGGCUCAAAAAAAUUGAUGUAAUCAUUGAUUAUGGAGACGAUGUUAAGGAUGAAGAAUCGCAACAUUACAUUAAAGUUAUGGGAGAAGUGUAUAAAAUAGUGGCUUCCGAUCAAAUUGGCGGCCAAUACAAAUCAGAAGAAACUCAAAUGAACGGAAUAAUGAGUGAAGACAUACUUCCGGUGCCAAUAGUGGUGGCAUUUGUAUCACCGGAGCCAAACACUCGGAUCACUGAAUCAGUGUACGAAUCGCCGGCUAAAUGCACUCGUUGUGUGCCUUCGGAAGGGAGUCAUACAUAUAAUCAGAUGGUGACCAACAAGUCGGUCAUGUCAUCCGUAUCCAUACCAACCAUGCCAUCGAUGCCGUCCUCCGAACUCAGAUCUUCCUCUCCUUUCUAUUCUGAGAUCACAUCUCACGACAAACGCAUCGCUAAUGCUUACCAAAUGUAUACAAAUCCUCAAGACUUUAAGCCAAACAACUGUCAUCCAAACAAACCAUACGAGAGCCGUAAGGGGCAGGAAAUGCUAUUCAGUAAAUAA